UCACAAAAAACGCCAAUGAUUGAUAUUACUCAAAUAAGUUCCAGGAAGAAGUUUCUCGGUGAAAGAUUUGCAUUUCCACACAUCCGGAUUGUUGUUCUUGACAACACUCAGAAUUUCCCCAGAAAUUUGCACAUAUCUAAGAGGUCCGUAAACAAAACACACACCUACAUUUAUUGCCGGCAAAACAAAUUAAUAAACGUAGGCAAUAAACAUGAAAUCAUACGAGAUAAACGAUGCUGUAGAUUAAAUACUCCCGGUAUUUAAAUGCCCCUCCAGAGAUUCAAGGUUUCAGUGUGCAAGUGAAGCAAGGUUAAACCGAACCGACAAUGUGGACGAGUCUUAUUUUAUCGCUGCUCCUGGUUCACUGCCUGGUCGCUUUGCCAGCUCCCGAGUCAAAUGAUCUGAAUACGGAAUCCUGGAACGCGGAUGAAGCCUGCCAGGAAGUGGAUAAAUCGGUAAUGAUUGCAAACCAAAACGACUCCACAUGCACCUCAUUUGUUUAUUGCUAUAUAACCAAUGGGUCGCCGAGGGCUCUUGUUAAAAGCUGCAAAAGCGGACAGUACUUUGAUGCCGUAAAUAAAUUCUGCACUAUCAACAAACCGGAAGGAUGUAAAUAA